UCGCCAUCAGUUGAAGGCACUACUUGAAGGCACACAACAACAACCUUGCUGCUAUCCAGAAGGAUUGUUGUCAUCAAUAAUUUUGCCUGAGAGAAUCGAUUGAAAGAGGAAAGUACUCCUUCAGCCAUGUUGGAAACAUGGGAGAACAGAUCAAAAAUGGACCACCAAGCCUCAUUUGGCUAUGAGUAUGUAGAAGGCCCUCAUCUUAGUCAGACCAAGCAUGAAGAAGAACUAAUGGGAAGCACACUGAAGAAGAGCCUAGAGGAAGAUGCACUCAGUUCAGAUGCACAGUGCCAGCACUUCAGACAUUUUUGCUACCAGGAGGUUUUGGGCCCCCGAGAAGUUUGCAGCCAACUCCACAAUCUCUGCUACCUAUGGCUACAACCAGAGCAACACACAAAGGCACAGAUGCUGGACCUGGUGAUUCUGGAACAGUUCCUGGCUAUCCUCCCCACAGAGAUGAAGAACUGGGUGAGAGAGUGUACGCCAGAGACUAGUUCCCAAGCAGUGGCCCUGGCUGAAGGGUUCCUCCUGAGUCAGGCAGAAGAGAAGAUGCUAAAAGAGCAGCAGCUGGCCUUCUUUGUGGAUAAGGAGAUAAAGGUGGAUAAAUCUACUUCUGAAUCCAUUCGAAGUUUGCAAAAGGGGGAGAAUAUGUUCCCUUCAGUAGGAGCUGGAAUGAGGACAGGCCCUAAAAAUACAAGCACAUCCCCUCAUUAUGAUGCACUCAGAACAGUUUCAGUGAGAAUGGAUCAGGAGACUUUCGAAGAGGUGGCGGUGGAUUUCACCGAGGAAGAGUGGGCUCUGUUGGAUCCAGACCAAAUGGCACUUCAUAAGGAGGUGAUGAAGGAGAACUGGGAGAUGGUGUCAUCCCUGGGUGCUGAUGAAGAAGAGAAGGAGAGGGAGGAAGAACCAUGCAGGGUGUGGAUGCAAAGAGCCCAGUGUAAACAGAUGGAGGAGAAUGAAAGAGAAAGUGACACUGAUGAGAAGAGUGGCACAUGCCCUGUUUGGCAAAAUGACAACAUUUGUGAAAUUGCAAUCCGAGAAAGAACACAAAACGAAAAAGAAAAGAAUAAAUGUCUUUCUGUUGCAUAUGAGGGAAGCUUCAGGUGCAAUGCCAGCCUUAAUCAUCAUAUGAGUAUUUACACAGAGAAACAGUCAUCCAGAGGUGGUGACAGUGGAAAUACCUUCGCUCUGUCGUCCCAUAACGUAAGUCACACAGGAGAGAUGCCAUUUGAGUAUGUGACAUGUGGAGAGAGCUUCAAGUGGCAAGCAUACUUAAUGCCACCUUCAAGAACCUACCCAAGAGACAGACCAUUUAAAUGUUUGGAGUGUGGGAAACACUUCACUCGGAAAACAUACCUCAGACAUCAUCAAAUCACACACACAGGGAAGAAACCAUUUCAGUGCUUGGUAUGCGGGGAAGGUUUCAGCUGGAAGACAAGCCUCUCUCGUCAUCAAGCAACACACACAGGAGCGAAACCAUUCCAAUGCUUGGACUGUGGAAAGCACUUCACUCGGAAGGCAGGCUUCAUUAAUCAUCAAGCUGUGCACACAGGGGAGAGACGAUUUCAAUGCUUGGAGUGUGGCAAGAGUUUCUGGCAUAGGAAAAGUCUCAUUCGUCAUCAAGAAACACACAACGGAGAAUCCACUUAUAUCCUUGGAAAAUGAAAAAGUUGCAAUUAGAACAUAAGCCUCACCUGUCAUCAAGUGACACACACAGAGAGGAGAAACCAUUUACAUGCUUGGAGUGUGGAAGAAACUUCAGGUGGAAGGCACUUCUUGUCAUCAAGCAACUAACAGAGGAGGGAAACUGUUUAAAUGGCUAGAACAGAGGAAAAGGUUCAAUCAAAAGACAAGCCUGACUUGUCAUCAAGUAAUGCACAAAGGGGAGAAACUAAUUAAAUGUCUUGAGAGUGGUAAAAGUUUCAGUUGGAAGAAUAAUCUUAUUCAUCACCAAGCCACUUAUACUGUGGUUAACCCACUCACUGUAAAUGCCUCAAGUGAAAAAGGUGCAGUUCCCCACCAUUAUCUUUUUAUUUGAGGGGUGAGAGUUUAUUUGCCAUUUUGUCAGUUAACCUUUAUCCAUCUGGAGUUUCCUGUGGCCUUUCUUCUGGUGACCUGAGUUUUCAAUACAACAGUGGUAUUGUCCAAACAACCAAUUGUUAGGUGGAUUUGCAAUUGAUUGACUGGCUGAACCCAUGGGGGUGUUCAGCAAUGGCUCCUCUUCAACCUGGAGAUCAGGGUUCUGUCUUGGGCCCAGUGCUAUUCAACAUCUCUAUC